UUGCAACGACUUCACUGAGGUUAACUCUCUUUAUGAAAAAAAAACUAAACUGCUUUUAGAUUAGACUGAUUUAUUCAUAACAGGGCUGCAAAAGUUGCUACACACAGCUGUUUGACACGUACCUGAUGUAGCAGGCCUGUCAUUCCUGAGAACUUACAAAAAGACUGAGACAUGAAACUCAAGCGUUUGAAGCAUGCAAGAAAAGUCAUGGGCUUUUACAAGAACAACUUUGACUUUGCACCCCCAAUACGUGUUCUUAUUGAUGGGACAUUCUGUAAAGCUGCUUUGAAGUUUAAGAUCAACAUCAGUGAGCAACUUCCCAAAUACCUGGAUUGUGAGGUGAAGCAGUGCACAACACAGUGUGUGUUGGCAGAGUGUGAAGCAUUGGGGCCCCUGCUUUAUGGACCAUUCAAAGUGUUACAACAGUUUCACAUCCAGAGUUGUAGUCAUGAUACUCCAAUACCUGCCUCCAAAUGUUUAUUGUCCAUGAUAAAGCAACAGAAUAAAGCCAAGUUCUACAUAGCUACCCAGGAUCAGGAGUUAGCAGAACGAUUGAGAUCUAGGCCAGGUAACCCUCUUCUCUUCAUCGCGUACAAUGCCAUUAACCUUGAGGCUCCAGCGGAGACCUCACGCAAACGAGCUCACAAAAAGGUGCAAUCUAACAUGGUCCCAACAGACUUCCAUAAGGAAAUUUUAGACAAGAUGAAGACAGAUGUGCUUGGACCAGCUACACAUGUUAACAAACACAGACAUAAGAAAGUGAAAGGACCAAAUCCACUUUCUUGCAAGAAGAAGAAAUCAAAAACUGGCACAGGGAAAUCAUCUAUACCUACUGAAACCAAGAAAGUGGGAAGACGGAAAAAGAAAAAGCCUGUCCAAGACAAAUUAUAGCCUUCUGGUAUACUUAUGCAUCAGAUCUCUUAAAUAAAAAGCAAAUUUAAAUGUAUGACCUGAUGUAAGAUUUUUGCAUUUGUUUAUAAUAAUGCCAGGUCCACACCUUCAGAAGCCCUAUACAUAAUCUUGAAAUAACUGGAUACUAUUGACAGUUGUUCUCAGGCUGAAUAUUGUCAGUUCCAAAAGCACCUUUUAAAGAAAUGCAUUCUCAAUCGUGUCCGCAUGAAUUUUAAGGGGAGAUAAUUUGUGUAGCCUUGGAGCUCAUUUUGUGGAGAGCACAAAAAGCGAACUACUCUCGCUUGGCGCUAAUCACAAGGAUGAAGCCAAGUAUGGCGUUUGUUGUAUUGAACCACACCAUAUAUGGGUUGUCGCUGGUAUUAGUCUGAUACAGAAAUGACCGAAAUAAACAAAAAAAAAGGGGGCUUAUUUGUCGUGUAACAUUUCACAGUGCAAGUGGUUGAGGGUCCAUAGAUGUACUGCACAAGAACAUUUUCCUGGUACUUGCAAUUGAAAAUGGGGUCCAAACUAAGGUGUUCUUUGUUCUCCGUCUAUUGACAAAGGACUAUGUAUAUUCUGGGACUAAUAUUACAGUUAUAUAUCGCUAUGUAUGUUGUGUUAGUCCCAUAUGUACUGAUUAAUCACUUAGAUCUUCUACUAAAAUGGGACACUUAUUAUUUAUUACAAAAACGGACACAGUUUUACAUGUACUUGGUCCCAAGCUAUUUUUUCAUGGUAAUUAAGUGACUCUGCAUUCAGAGCCAUGUGGAAGAGAUUUAUUACUUUCUACCUUUAGCGUCCCUCUGAAGCUAAUUUUAAUGACCAAGGACUGGUAUUUUGUGUGUAUUAUUCCAGAACCAAUUUAAAAAUUUGUCAGAAUCCGUAUUUACUGCACGUUUACCAUGUUUCGUCGUUUUACACCAGCAGUAGAAACCGAUUGGGCUACUGUGGUUUACACCUGGAGCUGUCCUCGUUCGCCAAUCAACACUUAUUUUGAUUUGUAUGAAAUAAUCUUGAAAAUGGUGAUUAUUAUUGAAGGGAGAAUAUCGCAAGGACUUGUGAACCGUAACUUUAACGGACCUUCAAUGAAACUGUUUUCCAUUAUUUUACUAUAAUUG